AUGGACGUUGAGCAAAUUCUCAAUCUCUUCGAUUCCCUCUGGUUCGAGCGUGGAAUCUUCAACCAACCCCUCCUGCCGUCAAACCCAGAACGUGAAAAUCAAGAAAAGCCAUUAAAAAACUCGCCGCCGCCGUCGCCGGAAGUUUUGCCACGGAUUCACACGAGGUCCAUAAGCGAAGAUCUGAGCUCCAAAUUGAGCUUUAUGUCCAAUUCCAAUUCACCCGAUUCGAUCCUCUUCUCUCCAAAGCUUCAGACGAUUUUCUCCAGCAAAGACAUCGCCAGAACUGAGUCGCCGGAGAACAACCGGAAGGAAAUUCGGCCGGAACUUGAAACAGAGCCGAGAAAGAGAAACAAGGGAAGAGGGAGAGGGAGAAGAAGACGGUGGCCGGAAAGUAAGAGCCUUUCGGAGCUGGAAUUUGAGGAGCUAAAAGGGUUCAUGGAUUUGGGAUUUGUUUUCUCGGAGGAAGAUAAAGAUUCGAGCUUGGCGUCGAUUAUUCCUGGUUUGAACAGGUUGAAGAAAAAGGAACAUGAAGAAGAAGAAGAAGGAGAAGAGGGGGAAAUUUCGAGGCCUUAUCUUUCUGAAGCUUGGGAGGCGAUGGAGAAAGAGAAUGAAUUGAAGAAGCCGCCAUUGAUGGAGUGGAGCUUUCCUGCUUUGGGGAAUGAAAUUGAUAUGAAAGACAAUCUCAAAUGGUGGGCUCAUACUGUUGCUUCUACUGUUAGAUGA